AGGCUCUUGACCAGUGGGUGGCGGUAGUUACCGAAAAACAUUACAGAGCACGAAGAAGUCGAGGAAGAAGAAGAUGGCGUCAUUUUCAAAGCUUGUUAACGGCUGUUGUCCUGGUGCUGUGUGUGUGUACACUUUUUAACGGCACUGUUUAUUAGCUAAUGUUGCUGAGUUUUCAGGCAGCAACCUUGUUAAAGAGCUUGAUUUUUACACACAAGCGACAACUAUGCCGAAGGUUGCUUUAUUUUUCAGUUAACCGCUGUCUUACUUUUUAUGGUGGCGAAUUUCUUAACAAAUUUGCGCGGAGAACAUAAAAUUGACAACAUUAUGGACAACCUGGACUUCUCAGAGGAAGAAAUUCAACAGCAACUGGCUAUUCUUGGCUAUAAGACCAUACCAAAACACAGGCUGCUGGAGUUUAAACAAGAUCUUGAUGAACUGAUACGCCAUGGGCAGUGGAAAAACCUGGCCUCUCCCACACAUAUAAGCAUACAUACUCGGAGAGCAGCAUCUCAGUCAAGUCUUCCUGCUUAUACUAAAGAAAAAGUCAGCCUGUCAUACAAUAACAAUUCAGGGGAUGGAUUUUUCCUACAUAAAGAAGUAACGGGCCGUGACUCAACGCUGUCUAACACACAGAAGAGCGAACACAAUGUACGGUCACUAAGCUGUGGCGACUCGUACGCUGCACUGUCUGUGGGUCCGAGGCUGCAUUUCUCAGCUGGCGCUCCUAACAGGCUGCAGGAGGAGCCGGAUACCGAAGACACCCUGGACUCUUUGCUGUCUGACAGCUACACUUCCUGUUCAGACCACCAGCAGAGGCGAGUAAUAAAGAGAAAGGUUUUAAGAAAACGAAAAGGAAAGUCUUUCAUCUGUUCUGAAUCGAUUUACACAGAUGACUCAGAUGCUUCGAGCUGCUUAGAAGAGCGAAUGGCUGAGCUUGAUCUAACCUCAGAUCGGAAAGAUUACGACACAGAUGAGAACGACUCCCAGGGCUCAGAGACCGACGCCGUCGACUUCCCUGCCUUCAGAUCAUGUAUUGACGUCGUGACUCAAAGUGAUCGGGAAGUACGACCCAAACCAAAAUCCUUCAUCCGCCCGGUGAUGUUCCAAAGAGCCAUUAAGAAGAAUGAUCCAGUGACCAGGUAUUUCCAGUACAAGGAGAUGUGGGACGCCUUCCAAGUGCCUGGAGACAACGUCAGGAAAGCUCUCCGCUGGGAGAUCAAGGAAAAGUUAUCAUACCAGCCUCUGCCUAAGCCCAGAAGGGUUUACGUUCCCAACACCUACACGGUGCCAACGCAGAAGAAACGCUCCGAGCUCCGCUGGACCAUCAGGAACGAUCUGGCUAACCGUCGCCUCCCACAAAAGUUUAAUUCUCAGUUUUAAGCUGCACAAUUUUCAAAACUGUUUUUGUACUUUUUACAAGUAUAAUUAUUUAUUGUGACAUUCAUAAUAAACAAAUAAAACAGUC